AAAGCAAAAUAUAGUUCAAUUUUUGUGUUUCAUCAAACUCUGUCAAUUAGUUUUCAUAAACAAAAUGUUAUUAAAGAAAUUUAUACCUUUAGUAGCGUUAUGGGGCGUAUUUAUUUUACUACCCGAUGCUACUGAAGGUAUUGUUGGGGGUCAGGAAGCUGUAGCUCCCCCACCCGACGAUCCUGUGGUGUUUGUAAAUAGACGUGGGAAAUCUGCAAGAAUAUUAGGAAUACGGGAUGAAAAACGGUACAAUUUCAAAGGAUUACGUUAUGCCCAGCCUCCUGUGGGAGAAUUACGUUUUCAACGUCCACGAAUGUAUACUUUAAAUGGUGAUAUACAAGCUACGAAAUAUGGACCGCCGUGUCCACAGCCAAAAAAAGGGAAGGACAAUACUACAAUGAUUGUCGGCAAAGAAGAUUGUUUAUACCUAAAUGUAUUUACUCCAGAAUUGUCUGAUGGAGGUGAAGGUCUUCCAGUUGCCGUUUGGAUUCAUGGUGGUGGUUUCCGUGUUGGCUCCGCCGCACAAUACGAUGCAAAACAUUUAGUUAACAAAAAAAUGGUAAUUGUUACGUUACAAUAUCGUCUUGGUUCACUUGGUUAUUUGAGUACAAAGAAUGGAGAUCAACCAGGAAACGCUGGACUUUUUGAUAUUAAUAUGGCAUUGCGAUGGGUUCGUGAUUAUAUUCAAUUUUUCGGUGGAAACCCCAGAAAAGUUAUAGUUAUGGGCCAAGGUUCUGGUGGUAGUGCAGCUGUCCUUGUUGGCAUGUCUGAUAUGACAAAAGGAUACACUCAUGGCGUAGUUGCUAUGUCUGGAACGGGAUUAUCCCAUUGGACAUUGGACAAGGAACCGAAACGUACAGCAAGAUCAUUAACAGCUGCCCAAAAAUGCCCAAAUAAUUCCGAACGUGAAAUGGUAAAAUGCUUACAAAAACAACCACACGAAGAUCUUAUUAAAGCGGACUCAGAUAUUGAAGAAGAUCGACAAGCUGAUGGUGAUGAUGUUUCACAAAAUAUUGCAGGUUUACAAGCUGCUGGACCAGUUAACGAGGGUGAAGACGAUAGACGUUCACUUCCAUCAUUUGUACCUCGUGAGCCACUUGAAUCAAUGGAAAAGGGUAAAUUUACCCGUGUCCCAUUACUGACUGGUGUCACCAAAGAUGAAACAGCAAAUGCUGUGAACAAUAACAAAAAAGUAAACAUGCGCAAAAAAUUAAAAGAUAAUCCAAAGUAUUUACAAGAAAAUCUACUUGGAAAUUUACAAUCAUUUACAAAUAUUCUACAAAAUGGAUUACUAUCAAUACCUGGAAUCAAUCAAGUGGCUGAUAUUGCUGGUGGGGUGGCAAAUCGUUUAACCGGACGUACAAAACGGCAAUCAAUUACAGACCUUGUAAAUAAAGUCAAUCCACUUAAAUUUGAUAAUUAUCUAAAAUUAGCAAAUCCAGGAAAUCUAGUUGAAGGUUUACUCAAAGCUGCUGAAGUAACUGGUGAUGCAUUAUUUAAUUUUCCAGCGUUUUUAACUGCUAACUUAUGGACAAAAUCAGGAACCCCCACAUAUUUUUACAGCUUUGAACAUAAGGGUAAUGCAUCAAAAGGUUAUAAUUUCCUAGCUGGAAUUCCUUUAGUAUCAGAAGAAGACAAAAAAAGUUCCGAUUCAAUAAGCCAUGGAGAUGAUUUAGCGUAUUUAUUCAAACCUCAAACACUUGAAGGUGAACCAAUUGAGGGAGCUGAAGAUGGUUUUACAGAUGAAGAUCAUCAAGUUCGUGACGUGUUUACUGACCUCAUUUCUCAAUUUGCUCAUCAAAUUGGUCAAAAAAGAAAAGGCAGAGAAGUAUCAAGUUCAUUAUUGAAACAAUUUACUGAAAAGAACAAUGACUUUACUCGGGUUAAAUCGAAACCAGAAGUCUCCGAAGGUUUCCGGUUCUGUGAAAUGGCUUUAUGGGGUGGAUUGAGUGAAAGGUUACAAAGUCCAGCAUGUAAAUUCCUAGAUGCUUUUGGUGAUACUGUAGAAGGAGUCAAACAAGGAAUUGAAGGUGCAACGAACUUACUGAAAAAUCCAAUAGGUGGUAUUGGUAGUAGUGGAUCUAAACAAAGUGCAAAGCCAAAUAAUCCAAUUGGAGGAUUUCUAGCAAACAGAAUGGGCGGAGGUGUUGAUGAAGAUGAAGAAGAAGAAAUGAUGCAACCAGUGAAAAAAAUAAAUAGUCGCCCAAAAAAUAUUUUUGGUAGAUCAAUGUUUGGAUAA